AUGAAUAAUCUGAAUAAGAUAGCUGAUUUUUAGCAAGAUUAAGUAUCAAUCAAAUAUAAGAGCAAGGAUAUGCUUGAUUCCUAUGAAUAUAUAAUAAGAUAUAAGCCAUUUCGAGUAAUAUAAAAAAUCAAUGAUAUUACUACCAUAAUUGUUAACGACAAGGACACCUUGUUAUUUGAAAAUUAUCAGAUAAAUUAUGAUAUUUUGCAGGAUGAAUUUGAACCAGAGGAUGAUUGUCUUAAUGAUCUACUGUCUGAAUUAGGUUUUAAUAAGCUAGCUCAAAAUUUUGGAGCUUAUGAUACCUAAGAUGACAUGUGGCUCUCUAAAUAUAUGUAUGAAUAAAUAAUGAUGGAAAAUUUGAAAACCUAUCCAAGAGAAAGUUUUAUGAUUGGCUUUAGUUUGAAUUCAGAAUAUCUGUUUGGAUUGCCUGAAAGAUCACAAAAAUUUCUCUUAAAGACAACAGAAGAAACUGAUCCAUAUAGAUUGUUUAAUUCAGAUAUUUUUCCUCAUAAAGAAUGGAGUGACAAAGGACUUUAUAGCAGUAUCCCUUAUAUUCAAGGACAUCAUGAAGAUUACGAUUUAGCUAUUUUGUAUUAUAACUCAGCUGAAACCUGGGUUGAUAUUAUAAAGAAAGAUGCCUUGCCUUAGGUUAAUGAAAGUAAUUACUCCUAAAGAUAUGUAAAUUUUAUAUCUGAGAGUGGAGUUCUUGAGUUCUUCAUAAUAGGAUCUGCUUCAAAAGAUAAAACUUAGUCACCUCCUAAAAGGGUAGCAAAUCUUUUAGCUAGAAUUUCUGGAUUCUAGUUUUUACCACCAUUAUUUUCACUAGGCUUUCAUUAUUCUAAAUGGGAAUCUGAUAUUUCAGCUAGAUGGGUGAUUGACUUAAGUAAUAAUUUUGAUGAAGGAAAAAUUCCUGUUGAUGUAUUUUGGAUGGAUAUUACUCAUACUGAAGGAGGAAAGUACUUUACUUUUGAUCCUGAAAGAUUUAAUGAUUAGGAUUUUGAUGAGAUGAAGCAGAUAGUUUCAUAAAAAGGUAGGAAGAUUGUUGUAAUUACAGAUCCUCAUAUUAAGAAAGAUGAUGAGUAUUGGAUAUAUAAGCAAGGCUAUGACAUUGAUAUCUUAGAAUAAGAUGAGGGCUUCCCCUUAAAGAAUAUAUUCAUUAAAGACUCGACAUUUAAUCCAUAUCAUGGGUAUUGCUGGCCCGGGGACAGUUCUUGGAUUGACUUUUUCAAUCCAUAUGCUCGCAAAUUCUGGUCAAAAUAAUAUGACUAUGAGAAUUUCAAGAAGACAAACAAUAUGUUUCAUAUUUGGAUAGAUAUGAAUGAGCCUUCAGUAUUUAAUAAUAAUGGGGAUGAUGAGGGCACUAUGUCGAAGAUAAAUCUUCAUUUAUUGGAUAAUGGAGUUAAGGUGUAUCAUAGAGAUGUUCACAAUGCAUAUGGCUUAAUGAUGUCUCAGGCAACUUAUGAAGGACUACUAUAAAGAGAUUAAAAUCAAUAAAGACCCUUCAUUCUAACUAGGGCUUCAUUCUUUGGAACUUAAAAAUACUCAGCUAAAUGGACAGGGGAUAACAGAUCGAAGUUAAGUGAACUUGGUGUUUCAGUUUCAUAGCUUUUAAGCUUAAGUAUUUCUGGGGUUCAUUUUGUAGGACCAGAUGUGCCAGGUUUUGCAGGAGAUCCAAAUUCUGAACUCUUUAUAAUGUUCUAUUAAUUAGCUGGCUGGUACCCUUUCUUUAGAGCUCAUGGACAUCUUGAUGCACAUGAUAGAGAACCUUUCAAGCAAGAAGAAAAAGUUAAAAACGCCAUUAAGAGAGCUGUUUAUACUAGAUACUCACUCAUUCAUUACUUCUACACUACCUUUUAUCAAUCUCAUACUCAAGGCUACCCAGUCAUGAGGCCGAUAUGGUUUAAUUUCCCAAGUUAAUCAUCGCAUUUUAAUAAUCAGCACUAGUUUAUGAUAGGAGAUUCUUUUCUUAUUGUUCCUAAAUUAUAAUACCACGAAAAAGAUAAAGAGGUGAAUGAUGAAGAAAGUCAAAAUGAACAAGAAAAGUAUUAUAUUCUAAAUUACACUCUGCCCAAAGAUAAUAUCUGGUAUAACUAUGAAACUAAGAAAUCCACUAAAGGUGACAGUAUAUAAAGAUAAGCUUUACUCAGUGAAAGUCAGACUCUGGUAUUUGUUAAGGGAGGUUCUAUUAUUCCAAUUAAAUUACAUCCAAGACAAUCAUCAUUAGCUAGAUUGUGGUUAAAUGAUAUAAGAUUAGAAGUAUACUUAGAUGAGCAAGGAAAUGCAUCAGGGUUUCUUUAUCUAGAUGAUGGAGAGUCUUUCAAAUACUAGACAAAUUCUGAGUAUUUGUAUGUUAAAUACAUUUUUGAGAAAGAUAAGAUUAGAUUAGAAAUACUAAGAGACAAGUUAAAUUUCAGUGAUUAAGAGAAUAAAAAGAUUUAUCCUCCAGCUUUUCAAUUAAAGAUUACUGAUAUUUUGAUAUUCGCUCAUGGUAAUUAACCUGUUAGAAAAACAGUCAACAAAUAUGUGAUUUCAGAGUUAGAUCUAAAUUGA